UGGCUAAUGAGAAAUGGAUUUGGGCUAAUGACUACCUCAAUAAGAAGUGGAGAUUUAAGAAAGGUGAAAGAUACGACUUUUACAUUCACUCUUUUUUGAAGGGAAAGAAUAAAGGGAAAAAUUUCCUUUACGACUACUGCUUGGCAGGAAGUCCUCGGGAACUGGAAAAACAGUUUAGGAGGCAGUGGUUAAACGAACAAUAUCAUG